AUGUUUCAAUCAUUGUAUUUGGCGCUUGCCGUCCUGGCAGUCGUCCCAAUGGUCACCGCCGCGCCAAGGGUAGAUGUAAGCAAAACGAAUGCUCUCCUAACAAGCCCACCAUCAAGUCCUUCGCAAGACCUAUUCUCAUUCGAGUCAUGGAUCGAUGGCAUCAGCACAAAUCCCAAUGGAACCCACUUGUCAUCUGACGAGGCUAUCGCCGCCGCCAUUCGGACUCCAAUGAGUCGCGGGAAAGGCGUCGAGCAGCCAGACUUACAACGCAGGAAGUCUCCUGUCCUGAAAGUUCUUAGGAGAAGUCUGCUUCAGGUUCGCAAAGUUGUCAAGAGCACCAAGCCUGGCGAAAAGGGCUUGAAGACCGACGAGGCCUCAACAGUCGGGAUUGGCCUUGAAGGCGUCCAAUGCAACACAUAUCCGAGACAGCUUUCGGUGGUUUCCAACGUCGUAUUUUGCAUUGAGCAUUUAGCCCGGAUCGGGAACAAGCCUUGCUAUACACAACAGGUCACAAGCUACUGCCAAUCGGGGCCAGACUUCAUCAUCGGAUGGAGAAAAAUUGAUGAGCUGUCUAUAAACGCUCCGUCUUGUGCAGGGGUUGCUCGAAGUGCUGGUAGGAUCAUGGAUUUCUGCACAUUCAAUGGUAAGGUCAUGGGGCAGACAACGGCGUUCGAUGACCCUGCCGUAGGUGUAAUGAUCAGGGCUUUCCCUGAGGGCAAGCUCCCUGACAAUAUCACGGCUGAGUAG